CUAGUCGGCUUCCCAGUCGCCACCGGGCCGGAGCAGUGGAGCACCACCGCGCAUCCGCCACCGGGCCGGCCGGAGCACCGCGCCAAGAUAAAGACUGAGGUUUCUUUUCCUCUCCCCCGGUUCCAUUCAAAAGGCAGCCCCUUGCUUGGCUGGUGCCUUCUCGCUGCCCGCCGCCAACCUCCACCUCCACCUCCACUUCCAGAAGCAGAGAGGGCCACCGCGAGAGAUCUCACGAUCCCCACCCACCACCUCGUCCUCGUUAUAGCGGCUCGUACCCGCGUACGGACUCCCACUCGAACCCGAAGGCCGAGACCCGUAGCUAGCCGCGCCACCCCCGCACCGCACCGGACGGACCCAAUCCGGGGACGCCACGCUCGCCGCGCGCCGCCACCUCGAAUCAGUUGCUGCGUGCGAGGUGUGUUAGCCCAUGCCCCGGAUGACCAAGUUGCUGCUCCAGCUUCAGGCGGCGGCGGACAGGAGGCACGGCCACGGCGGCAUCGGCCUCGGCCCGGGGCGCGGCCGCCGCCACACUCCCGCCGCCGGGAGAUUCUCCCCGGCAUGCCUUGCCCUCUGCCUCCUCGCCGUCGCCGCGGCGGCCACCACGCUCGCGGUCGCGCUCACGCUGGACCGCCAAAGCCCCGUCCCCGCCGCCGCCGGCCCCGGCGCCUCGCCGCGCGGCUUCUCGGUGGUGAUCAACACGUGGCGGCGCCACGCGCUCCUGCAGAGGUCCGUCGCGCACUACGCCGCCUGCGCGGGCGUCGAGGCCGUCCACGUCGUGUGGAGCGAGCCGCGGCCGCCGCCGGAGCGCCUGCGCCGGGGCGUCCUCAUCAACGGCACCCGCCGCGGCACCGUGCGGUUCGAGAUCAACGAGGCCGACAGCCUCAACAACAGGUUCAGGCCCAUCCGGGGGCUCCCCACGGACGCCGUCUUCUCCGUCGACGACGACCUCAUCGUCCCGUGCUCCACGCUGCGCUUCGCCUUCGACGUGUGGCAGAGCGCGCCAUCUGCCAUGGUGGGCUUUGUGCCCCGGAUGCACUGGCUUGCUGACCCGAGAGGCAGUACAAAGGAAUACCGAUAUGGAAGCUGGUGGUCAGUUUGGUGGACAGGGACAUACAGCAUGGUUCUUUCCAAAGCGAGUUUCUUCCACAGGCAGUACUUGGAUCUGUAUACAAACAGAAUGCUACCGUCAAUUCGCAAAUAUGUGACUGAAAAUAGGAAUUGUGAGGAUAUUGCAAUGUCUUUUCUUAUUGCAAAUCAUACUGGAGCUCCACCAAUAUGGGUACAAGGACUCAGGAGCCUCUUGCUCACAUUCGUGCCCUUGUUAUUACGACAGGAAGGAUAUUUGAGAUUGGAUCGAGCGGCAUCAGCAGUUUGAAGGGCCAUGGUUUGCAGAGAUCCAGAUGCCUCAACACAUUUGCUGCCAUGUAUGGCCAUAUGCCUCUUGUAGCCACCACAGUCAAGGCUGUCGACAGCCGCAGGAGCUGGUUCUGGUGACAUGCCUCUUGUUUGACCCUGUUAUCUCCUUUUUGUUUCAUUUUUAAUUUUCCUUAGGUGCUGCCUAGCAAUAUUACAAGGCUAGCGUGUUUGUGCAUAAUUCAUCAGCACCUAAGAACACAGGUUGGAAUGUUGGAUUGUACACAUUGAAUGUAAAUCAUAGUGACCAUAUUCAAAUUCACAUUAUCAGUUACUAAUAUCUAGUAAUCUUUGUGAAAGGAAGGAGAUUGUUCAUGGUCAUGGAUGUGACAGUAAUUAGUUUACUGCUUUUUUUUUCUGGAGGUGUUCAGUUCGAUUAUGUUGUGCCGCGGGCAACUGGCAAGAGCCUGUUCCUCUGUUCAGUGCUUACCACAAGACUAACCAAGUAACCAAGCUAACUCAUGUGUGGUUGUGACGGCCGAAGGAAGAUAGCGAGGAUAAGGGCACUCUUCCAUUGGGCCAGCGUUGCAUGUUUCCUUCGUGUUCUGUCCCCAACCUCUAGUACCUGCUUCUUCCUUUCCUCUUCCUCUUGCUGCUGCUGCUUCCUGGGGGAGAACAAGAAGAGGUUCUCUUGACACGAUCGCCAAUGGUGGCCAUUGCUACCGAGGCAUGGUCGCUCGCCGGAUGUGGCGCGGCGUCGAAGGCGGCGGCGGCGCAGGAGUUGCCGGUGCAGCAGCUCCCUCCUGCGGCAGCAAACAGGACCAAGAAAGCCGUGUCGCUCAGAGGCGUCAGCAGCGGCGGCGGAGGCCAGGACCGGCGUGAGGCCGUCGUCGUCGGCCGGCGGAGCGGCCUGGCGUCGUGCGUGCUCGCCGCCCUCGCGGCCUCGUUCUCCCCGCUCGCCGCCGACCGCCCCGCGCGGGCCAUGGUUCUUGAGGCCGACGAAGACAUCGAGCUGCUGGAGCGCGUGAAGGAGGACAGGAAGAAGCGGCUGCAGAAGCAAGGGGUCAUCAGCUCCUCAGGCACCGAGACUGGGUAUUUGCAGGACCUCAUCUACAAGUUGAGCAAAGUUGGGCAGGCCAUUGACAAGGACGAUCUCCCAGCCGCAAGCAGUUUCCUGGGUCCAAGCCCAGAUACCCAGUGGGUGCAGAACAGCAAUGCAGCUUUCUCCAAGGUUACUCAGCCCAUCCAUCCUGAUCCUGAUUUGCUUCUCUCUUAAUGGAGAUUGCUGUUUCAUUCUCUUCUCAACCUCUACAUUUUCUUCACCUGUUUCGGUCGCUGUUUAUCAUACAGUUCAGCUCAAGCCCGGAGGAGAGAAGCAUGGUUGAUAGCUUCAACUCCUCCUUGGCCUCACUGUUUACAUCAGUGAACAAGCUUGACGCUGAAUCCUCCAAGUCGGCGUUUGUGUCGUCUGCGACAGCGUUGGAGAAAUGGAUAGCGUUAGCCGGACUGAGUGGCCAGCUCAAAGGCUUCUGAUAUGCGAGUGAAGUGGCUUCCUGACGAAUACCUGGAUGCUGCUCCUGGCUGUAAUCGCAAGACGUAUUGAUUCGGCACGUGUGAAUCUUCUAAAGAGGGUACCGUAAAUCCGUAACCGAGAACUGAGUUCAUUCAGACAAGCAUGCGAGAAGAAUGGCUACUGCUUAUGUUCGUAUCCACUUGGAGAACGGCAACAUUCUCAUCAUGAAAUUGGAAUUGUUUGCGAAUUGCGAUUUAUUGUCACAGUAAUAGGAAAUGAAGCAGAAGUUGCUUUUGUUUGGUUGUCUAGUCUUUGUUUUACAAAUUUCAAGCAGCUGAUGGGCAGUUUUUAUCCUCGAAAUUGGGGCGUGUCAAGAGAGAUUGAGGUGUUUUCAUACUGAUACUCACUGUAUGAAACAUCAAGCAGUA